ACAUACAACUGGCCAUGCUUGUGACCGCUUCUCAUCACUGAGCGCCCCAUCCCGGCCCGUCCCUAUAUAGACCCAGUUCUCUCUAUUGAUCUCUUCCAUAGUCUACCACCUCGUGCCCGGUAGCUGAUCUCUCGAGUAUAUCUCUGGUUUACUAAUACAUGGGUCGGUUAGGUCUUGUCGCCCUGUGGUCUCUGUCGAUUUGCCUGUGCCUGUUUGCCAACUCGGCUUCGGCCCAGCUGAAGCAGAACUACUACGCCAACAUCUGCCCUGACGUCGAGAAGAUUGUGAGGAAUGCAGUUCAGAAGAAGUUCCAGCAGACGUUCGUCGCUGUCCCUGCCACCCUCCGUCUCUUCUUCCACGACUGCUUCGUCAGGGGAUGUGAUGCCUCGGUCUUAAUUGCAUCGACGUCGAGCAACAAGGCAGAGAAAGACCACCCUGAUAACCUGUCACUGGCCGGGGAUGGUUUUGACACAGUGAUCAAGGCCAAGGCUGCCGUGGACGCGGUCCCAAAAUGCCAGAACAAGGUCUCAUGUGCUGAUAUCCUCGCCCUGGCCACCCGCGAUGUGAUCAACCUGGCAGGGGGGCCAUCUUACCCGGUCGAGCUGGGGAGAUUAGAUGGGCUGAGCUCAACUGCGGCGAGCGUGAACGGGAAGCUCCCUCAGCCUUCCUUCAACCUAAACCAGCUCAACGCCAUGUUUGCCGCAAAUGGUCUGAACCAAGCUGACAUGGUUGCCCUCUCAGCCGCACACACCGUUGGGUUCUCCCACUGCGGCAAGUUCGCUAACCGGAUCCACAACUUCAGCCGGUCCAAUACUGUGGACCCGACCCUGAGCAAGAACUACGCUUCCCAGCUCCAGUCCAUGUGCCCCAAAAACGUCGACCCGAGGAUAGCUGUGAACAUGGACCCGAACACCCCCCGCAAGUUCGACAACAUGUACUUCAAGAAUCUCCAGUCCGGUCAUGGCUUGUUCACGUCCGAUCAGGUCCUCUUCACCGACAGUCGAUCCAGGCCAACAGUCAAUGCAUGGGCUCGCAACUCCGCUGCAUUCAACCAGGCUUUCAUCACGGCCAUGACAAAGCUGGGCAGGGUUGGGGUCAAGACUGGCAAAAACGGGAACAUCCGCCGUGACUGUGCGGUGUUUAAUUGAUCCACCCCGUAGAAACCGGAAACAAGGGUGAUCAGGAGUUGUUAACUUUUUCCGGGUUCGGGUUUUCGGCUUUGAAAAUUUGAUUUGGUUCAAUAAGGAUUGGCCGCACUAUUCAUCGUUGGGCACGGGAAAGUAACGCCAAAGCAAUGAAUAUUUGCUUUUAGAUGGCAAAUCCAAAUCGACAACAGUGUGGGUGGAAUGCAAUAUUUGCUGGGAUUCUUUCUAUGUUGAUAAUAAAAUAUUCCAACGCUAUUUCUUUUAUA